GGGGGUGGAGCCUCAGUGUAGUAUUUAGAGGCACUGGACCAUGCUAUUUGUGUGUAUUCUGAAUGGGAUGCUCCCAUUCCAGUGCGGCAUUUACUGCGAAAUAAACGUGGUCAUCCUCAUGUUUGAUUGUGUUCUACCAUUGAAAUCUGAUGCAUAUAUUUGUAAGCAUCAAAUUGGGUCAAUAUUUCUCUUUCUACAUGUACAUGUACAUGUACCAGCAUUUGACUGUACGUUGCAGUGAAAGAGCAUAUAGCCUAGGAUAUUGUGUUUGAUUAUCUGCUGGAGUGGAAUAAUGCAUGGUUGGAUUUGGAAGGUUUAGAGGAACUACACGAAGAUCAUAUCAUCCAGUUUUCAUGUUUUUCCUGAUUCAGCAAAUAUAGAGCCACCAGUAUCAUUCAGUGCUGUGUCUUCCCUGAUAAGGACUCUUUCCUACAUGUGGUGGAAGGCAACAUGAUCAAGAAGCUUCAUGGUACCAGCACAUUUUAAUCACGACAGCGUUGGUGCACUCAAGUGUUUGAUGAGCUUCCGGAGAGGGCUUGUUUUAUUUGAUGUGGAAGUUGCAUUCUAUUAACCUCGGUGUGCACGACCCAAAGUUUGUCUGAUUGUUUGUCUGAGGGCAAUCAAAUCUAUGUCAACCGUUCUGAGAAACUAAAGAUCUGAGAGGAAAUUGUUCAGGAGCUAGGAGAAUACUUUUCAGCUUACUUUGGGUUUCUUAAAGGUCAGUUUGAGUACUUGGAUAAAUAGCUGUUACCUCGUAAAUAAAUGUUGAAUCACUGACCAAGGAUAUUAAGAUACAAAAUAAAAGAAAAAAAACAUUCAAAGAAAAAGCAUUUCAAGAAGAGGUGAACUGUGAAGACAAAAUGGAAUUUCAAAAGAAUCUUCGGAAGUUUCCAGUGGUCCUACUGGUUGUCCUGUUUGGGACAGGAUCAUGGGUGGCCAUCAAUGGUCUGUGGGUGGAGCUGCCCCUCUUGGUCUCCCUAGGGAUUCCAGAGGGCUACAAUCUGGCCUCCUACCUGGUCAUCAUCAUCCAGAUUGCCAAUAUUGGACCCAUCAUCUUCACAACCUUGAGCUACUUCAUGAAAGGUCGACGCCUUGAAGCACCGGCCAUCUACAUCAUACUUCCUAUUGGUAUAGUAGCAUGCCUGCUGCUCGUGUUCUUCUGGGAUGUGACAUCUUACGUCGGAGGGGUCUUACGAAGCACCCCUUUGCUUUGUCUGUCCUUCUUCAUAGCCAUCGUAGACUGCACCUCAUCCGUGGCCUUCACUCCCUUCAUGUCGAGACUGAAAAGCGGAUACCUAACUUGGUACUUUGUGGGAGAAGGAUUCAGUGCCCUCUUGCCCAGUCUGGUCGCGUUGGGUCAGGGAGUUGGGAAUGACGAGUGUGUUGCAAAUAACACCUAUGUGAAUACCACCACAGGACAGAACUGUACUUCAUGGGUCGGCCAGACCAUCCCUGCUCACUUCCCUCCAGAUGACUUCUUCUGGUUCCUCUUUGCUAUGAUGACGGUGUCUCUCAUCUCUUUCUUCCUCCUCAACACGCUUCCAAUCGCCAAGCAAGAGUAUGCACCAGAGGCUCGUGGCCAAUCGGAACCUUCCGACUCCGUUAAAUCCAUCUGUUCAUCUGACAGCAUGUCCAUGAGCACCAGUGAGAAGUAUGCCAAACGGGAAGAAGGCGACUCUGAGAAUGCACUGGAUGUUCCCGGUGAAACAAUCAACGACCCGAUGAUUCCAAAAGAAAGAAAGUCUAAAGCAGCUUAUUGGUACAUUUUUAUCCUACUUGGCUUCGUGAACGCUCUCAGCAAUGGCAUCCUUCCAUCCAUACAGAGUUACUCCUGCGCACCAUAUAGCUACAAUGCUUAUCUUCUAGCAGCGACCCUUGGAAACGUAGCCAAUCCCGUAGCUUGUUUCGUCGUAAUGCUGUUCCCUCAGAAGAGUCUGAUCCUGGUAGGUGCAACCGCAUUCUGUGGGACCCUGAUCAGUUCCUACUGCUUGGCCACAGCUGCCCUCAGUCCUACACCCCCAUUGCAGGAUGAAGUGGCUGGAACCGUCGUUGUGGUGCUUGCCUGGGUACUUGUCAUGGGUCUCUUCACCUACACCAAGGCGACCAUAGGCUGGAUCCUCCGCAACGAACCUGACAACCGAAAGCUUCUCAUCAUCUUCGGAGCCGCGACGCAAUUCGGUUCACUGGUCGGUGCAUGCAUCAUGUUUCCUCUUGUCAAUGUCUACUAUCUCUUCACCCCGUACUAUGAAUCACCCUGCGAUGGUUACGUGGCUUGCCCAACGUAGCAGGGCUGGUAGGUACUCUAAGACCUUGCCAGAGGAAAAGAAUUCAAUAGUGUAUUGCACUCUAAGCAUUUUGUUUUGAGUUAUAUCAGGUAUUACAUAUAAGUCAUGCUCAUAAUACACUCAUUGGUUGUAUUUUCUAACAAUGUUCCAGGCCACAUGAUGGAUGAGAACCAUUUAAAAUGGUCGGAAAUCAUUGUUCAAAUCAUGAAUUUGUUACAGAUUCUAUUUUUUCUACCAAAUGCCAGGUCAUCUGUAACAAAGAAAAUAAUACUAUUAAGAGAUGGUUUUGCCUGAAACAUGAUUGGAACGAAAUAGUGACCUAUUGAACAUUCCUUUGUAAAUGUAUGUAUUCAUAUAGGCAAUGCCGUCUUGAGCAUGUAUACAUGUUUAAGCUAGUAAAAACACACAUUUAGCAAAAUUAUCAUGCUUCACAGUGCUAUUUAAUUUCAUAUAAGAACUGAUAAUUUCAGGCUCUCCUGAGUGGUGUCCUGUAGGCUGAGGUUGAAAUACUAAUACAAGGGAAAUUCUUGACGUGGAGGUAAAUUUAGUUUUAUAGAAUAAAAAUGCAUACAAUAUAUUUCAUAUAAAUAUAUGCAAUCCAUGCUGUCCUUUUUCUGGAGUCGUCUAUCUCAAUUACGAUUCAGGUUGCCUCCAGUGUUAAGAGCAUGCAGCCAACGCAACGCACGCAAACAGAAGAUACGUGCAGAGAGACACGGAUAUGCAGGAUGAUGCCUGAUACAUUUGUGCCAUAAAGGUUGCUAUAUUGCACACACCUGUGUUUAGAACCAUAGAACACGUAACUGAGUGUCAUGUGAUUACUUUUCAGCCAAGCCCAAAUAGCCUACUUUAUAUAUUGCAAGUUAUUGCAUGUCCAAAGCUUAUUGAGACAGGUCUGCAUACAUUAAAGAUAGUACUAUGUCCCUUUUGUAGCCAACAUCAAAUUCUGUAGAACAUUGCAGGAAUCAUGUAUGUCCUAUCUGUGAAAUUUAAAUGUUAGCAAUUAACAUCCUAAUUUUCAAUUAUGCAGGAAACCGUUUACUUUCUAGACUUCACUGUCAGACACUAUUGAGUGAGUGAAUGACGUUGAUUCGUCAAUUAAUCGUCGUUAUUUUCCCACAAAAAAAACAUUUUCCAGCCCUUUCGUUUUGUUUCGUAGGAAGUUCUAAAUUAGUAUUAUCUUUCAAAUGCCAUUGGAAUUUAACCUUUUCAUUUUUUUAGUCUGCAAAUGGGACAUAGUACCUUUAAUAUACAUGAGCAAACAAACAUCAGGGUAUUAGUUUCCAAAGAGCAAAGAGAUUUUAUUGCGACAUGAACAUGUAUGCACACGUAAUAGUAACAAAUAGUAUAAAACUAUUAAUAACCAUAAAGAUGUUAUUUUCUUUUUAGUCCAAACCAAAUUAGAUAUAUGCAUACAAAUCAUAAACUAUGGAAAAUCAAUUAGUGUGAGAGUCACGUCUGCAGCCAUUAUGCAUGAGUUUUGGCAAGCCUUCAAACCUGGCAUGAAAGAAACAAAUCUCACGAAGGUGGCCCCAAAUGAUGACUGCAGUGGACAACUUUAGCUCAUUCGUCAGCAGUACUAUGCAAUGCAAGCAAACUGAAAAAAAAAGCAUGAAAUAUUAGACUUCAAAUGUGCAAUGGAAGAGGGUUCAGAUCAUAAAGAGUUGCCUGAAAGGUGGUGUAAACUGACAAAUACAUGGGAAUGCCAUCUACAUCUCCUUUUGGACAACUGCCCGUAAACGAAUGGACUUCAUUAACGGUAGUCGGCGACUAAAUCUCUACGUGGUCAGCGUUUGUGAAACAGAUCAAAGUUCUCUUGAUCUAGGUCUUCUUCUUCAUCAUCUUCUCUUUCCCAUGGUCUCACCGUUAUAUCGCUUGUUCAAAGCCAGUAGGGCAUUAUUUAUGUGUAUGUGUUAAAGCCUGUCUGUACUUGUUGGGCCGGAAGGGAUUAGACCACCCAGCGAGGUCACUGACAGGUGGCUAACUCAUCAA